GGGGGCGGUGGCCGCGGCUCCGCCAUGUUGGGGGCGGUCCCGCUGCCUGGCGGCGGCGGCGCCGCUGCCAUGUCGGUGGCUCCCGGUUGCCGGGGCGGCGGCGCGGUGCAGGUGCUGCCGGGGCUCUACGUGGGCGGCGCUGAGUCGUGCUCGUCCCCGGAGUCGCUGGCGGCGCUGGGGGUGGUGGCGGUGCUGACGGUGGACGCGGAGGAGCCGCCGGCGGUGCCGGGGCUGCGGGCCAUGCACGUCCGGGCGCGGGACGAGCCCGGCGCCGACCUGCUGAGCCGCCUGGAUGACUGCGCUGCCUUCAUCGGCGCCGCGCGGGCGGGCGGCGGCGCCGCCCUCGUCCGCUGCCAUGCCGGGGUGAGCCGCAGCGUGGCCGUGGUGACCGCCUACCUCAUGAAGACAGAGGGACUCGGCUGGGAGGAGGCCUACGCCGCCAUCAGGGCCACCAAAUCCGACGCUGAGUGGGUCCCCCGCCCGCCGUCCCCCGCUCCCCGCCCGCCCGGCGCUCCCUCACCCCACCUCUCUUCUCACCCCCGCCGCAGGGUGAACCCGGGUUUCCAGGAGCAGCUGAAGCUCUACGAGGCCAUGGGCUGCGCCGUGGACAGCAGCAGCGCCCUGUACAGGCGGUACCGGCUGCAGAUGCUGACGGAGAGGUGCCCCGAACUUCAAGACUUGCCCCAAGAAGUCUUUGCUAUUGAUCCAACCAAUAUAUGUCAAGCUCCAAACACAGAGGUUAUCUACAGAUGCAGGAAAUGCAGGCGUGCUCUGUUCCGCAGUUCCAGUAUUUUGUCCCACCUGGAAGGAAGCGGGCCGGCAGCCUUUGCCCACAAGAGGAUGACAGACUCUGCUCAGCUUUGUGGCGAUAGCCGGGAAAAGUGCACCUCUUACUUCACCGAGCCCGUGCAGUGGAUGGAGCCAGCAUUGCUCGGCGUAAUGGAAGGACAGCUUCUGUGUCCCAAAUGCACAUCGAAGCUGGGCUCCUUCAGCUGGCGGGGUGAGCAGUGUUCCUGUGGCCGCUGGGUGACGCCGGCCUUCCAGAUCCACAAAAGCCGAGUGGAUGAAGCGAGGACACUGCCAGUCAGUAACUUCCAAACUGCCAAAACCUGAAUCUGUAGCUUCCCUUGAUGGAUUUCUUAACCUCCAGAGAACUGCUGGCCAGGCUGUGGCUGCCAGGGGCGAGCUUGUGACUUCCACCCCUUUGUAAUGCAGUGGAAUUACUUGAACAUCUGCUCUAUUCAAGCUUCCUGUAUUGCUAAUAUAUAUAUAAAAUAGCAAAACACUCCCUUCAAAGAUGUGUUACACAGUGGUAAAUACAUACAAAAAUGCCUGAACGUGA